GGCAGCUCAUUUUUCUCUUGUUUUGAUAGAACUCAAUCCCUUCAUUCAGGUUUCUGUAGUCUUUCUUCCUUCUCCUUGCAAAUUCAUAAACACCAUUGAAUUACAUACGAAACCAUGAAGAAAACAAGAACCAAAGUGGAGAAUCAUGUUGUGAUCAUUGCUUCAGUUGGUUUGGUAUUGUUAACUCUGUUUCCGACAAUGGUCCGAGGAGAAUGCACCUGCGAAUCCGAGGAAGAAGACAGGGAUAAGAGUUUAGCUCUCAAGUACAAGCUGGUAGCCAUAGCGUCAAUCCUAGUUGCCAGCGCCGUCGGCGUUUCCUUUCCGGUGCUCGGAAAAUCCGCUAUUCCGGCGCUCAGCCCGGAGAGAAAUUUGUUUUUCAUAAUCAAGGCGUUCGCCGCCGGCGUCAUCCUCUCCACCGGUUUCAUCCACGUGCUCCCGGACGCCUUCGAGAGCUUGACGUCGCCGUGCCUGAAAGAGAACCCAUGGGGGAAGUUCCCGUUCAGCGGAUUCGUCGCCAUGGUAGCGGCUAUAGCCACCCUGAUGGUUGACACGUGUGCCACCUCCUACUUUUCUAGAAAGUCCGCCGCCGGCGCCGGAAAAAUUAAUAGCAACGAUAACCACGGCGGAACUCCGUCCGUUGAGAACGAAGAAGCUGCACUUCACGUUCAUGCCCACGGUCACGUGCAUGCGCACGUGACCUCUGCUGAGGUCGAUUCUUCGUCGGAGCUUCUUAGACAUCGAGUUAUUUCCCAGGUAUUGGAAUUGGGGAUCAUAGUUCACUCUGUCAUAAUUGGAAUAGCUGUGGGAGCUUCAGAAAGUCCAAAAACAAUUAGGCCUUUGGUUGCUGCUUUGACUUUUCAUCAAUUCUUUGAAGGCAUGGGACUUGGUGGUUGCAUUGCUCAGGCAAAGUUCAAAACUCGUGCAGUGACGAUUAUGGCGUUCUUCUUCUCACUCACGACGCCAAUUGGAAUCGCGAUCGGGUUAGGGAUAACAAACGUAUAUGACGAGAAUAGCCCAACGGCUCUGAUUGUGGAGGGGAUAUUCAACUCAGCAUCAGCAGGGAUCUUGAUCUAUAUGGCUCUGGUGGACUUGCUGGCAGCAGAUUUCAUGAACCCAAGGAUGCAAAACAAUGGAAAGCUUCAAUUGGGAGCUAAUGUUUCUCUUCUUUUGGGUGCAGGGUGCAUGUCACUCUUGGCUAAGUGGGCUUGAAAGUUGUCAUAUCAUUCUUUGGACAUUAACUUUGAGAUUUUAUGUGCACUUAAAAUUUCUAGACAAUAUUGGCAUGUAGCAUCAAAUGUGUCCAAAGGGUUUAUUUUUACGAAUAUUAAUAUAUUGUUAGUGUAAUUUUGUAUUGGUG